AAAAAGGCUUUGGUGUUCAAUGUACAGCAUUUCAAAUGGGGAUUGGCAACACUGGAAGAAUUCGACAUUGAUUUUUUUAGUUUACCAAAUGUCAAAGCUGUAGUACUGUUAUGUUAUGACCUAAAUAUCUUGUCAGUAUUCUCAUAAAAUGCAUUAAUUUACCUUGCCAUAAAUAUUGGCUAAAGUUAAAUGCUUGGUGAGGCAGUUGCACGUUUUAUUCACCCUCGAGGCUUGUGCCUGUAAUAAUAUCACAAAAUGAAUAAUUCCUCUACGUCAUAAUUUUAAGACGAACAGUUAAAUUUUAUGCCUCCCACACAAAACCAAUAGUGUCUCCAAUUAUAUUUUAGUGAAUGCAAACUUAGUUAUAAAAAAACAGAGAAAAUUGAAGAAUUUCAAGAAUAGAACAGUGGCGACUAGUGAAAAUUAAUGCGGUCAUAUUUUGAUAAUGCAACGUAGAACACACACUGGUUUUUAGAAAAUGAUUUCUAGGCCCACAACCUUUUGAAGUAAACCCACUGUAAUACUGGAUGGCGAUGCUGUGGAUGAAAGAAUUUUUUUCAACUUGUAAUUUUUUAAAAAUGAGUAACAAAAUAGUUUACCCAUCAGCGGAGAGUAAUAAAGGUCCCAUCCUCGAGGUUCUGCACAAGCAUAUGGCUAAAAAUAUAGACGGACAAGUGUUGGAAAUAGCAUCAGGAACCGGCCAGCAUAUAUCAUAUUUCGCUGCACACUUUCCACGGUUAACAUUUCAACCAUCAGAGUACGACACAUCAUUAUUCAAUAGUAUUAAAGCAUACGCCAACGAAACACCUACAAAAAACGUUAAGGAUCCCAUUAGAAUUAAUGUUACAGAUGACUGGACAACAUGGGGUGUUCCCAAUGACUUCGAUUACGUUAUUAAUAUAAAUAUGAUUCAUGUCACCCCCUUCCCGUGUACCCUUGCAUUGUUUAAAAAUGUUUGUGAAGUAUUAAAAAUGAAAGGCUUGCUCAUUAUGUAUGGACCUUACGCUAAUAACGGAGUUUUAGAACCCCAAUCGAAUCGAGACUUUGAUAAAAAUAUAAGAGCUUCAAAUCCGGAUUGGGGCGUACGAGACAUACAAGAUUUAAUGAGAGUUGCUGAUCCACAUGGAAUAAAGAUUAUAAAGAUUUAUGACCUGCCCUCUAAUAACAAGUGUCUCGUAUGGAAAAAGUAUGACAAAUUUUGAAGUAUUAAAACGUUUUUUUCUUAAGAGAAACUGAAAAUGCGAUGAAAUUUUCAAAUGAUCUUGUUACUCUAACAAAACAAAUUUUGCUUAGAGUCAAAUUAAGUUAUAACCAUUUCGAGACUAAAAAUUAAAAUGUAUUCUCUUUGAUAUGUAUUGUUUACUUCACUUAAAAAACCUAAGAAAGAUAAUGGAUAAAAUCAUGUAAUUUCUUCAUGUCCUACAUAAAUCUUUUAAUGUAUUAGCCGUAAUUAAAGCCUGUUAUUAAAGAAUCUAACAAGAUUUUGCUCGACU